AUGCGAAUUUUAUUGUCGAUUUUACUCGGCGGCACUUUAGGUGCGCCGAAAAACAAUGAAGCGAGUACUUGCGGUGAUCCAGAGCACGAACUUUCCCACUUCUGCAAAGGAAAUGAUGACCCUCUUGCCUGCGACGAAAGUCUUUUGUGUGAGUUCUGCCCAGAUACUGACUCUUGCUACGUGAGCGAUGCAAAGAUCGAUGCUUGCAAUGAGAAAUUCAAAGACGAAGAUCAGCCUGUCAUGUCUUGCAUUUUUUCAAACGCACAGUCACACCUUGCACCCAAAGAAUCGCUCAAUGAAGAAGAAGUGGAAGUAGUCAAAUCCGUCGUCCAGAAAAUCGAUGUCGGCGAUGCCGAUUCUUCAGCGAGUGGGGCAGCGCGUUCUGGAUUUCUCAGCCUUUUCAAUACCGGCGGCUCCUUCGGUCAAGUUUCCGCGCCAAUGAUGCCUUACGACAUGAUGUCCGUAAAUAACCGACUCUCCGCUCAAUUCAUCACGUGUCCAGUGAACGUUCCCUUUUGCCAGCGUCAAGAAUGCACAUCUUCUAUCGGUAACCCGCAGAAUAAUGCCAUGGACUGCUAUCGAAUCGCUGGAUGCUGCUUCGACAACGAUCUUUUCGUUUACAAGACAGCGUUCGGGCAAGGACUCGCUCUCAACGCUCCUGUUUGCUACCGCGCCAUUCGAACACCCCUUUUCCACGUCCUUACCGAGCAAAUCACUACGACAAACAAUUUCCUGCCGAAUUUUCUCGUUCCGAUUGUCGACAAAGUUGAGGCCUUUAUCAACAACGAUAAAUCCUUCAGCAUGAUGCUCGAAUAUCAUCAAUGCCUGUCGACAGAGGGAAUGGCGCCAAGCCGUUUGCGACUCGAGUCUUACCUGUCUCAAGUCUGGCCGGGCUAUCUCUUCCUCAAGAUGGGACAAAAAGACAACAACUUUCUUGAUGAUCUCGUAAUCACGCUUUCUCAAACUUGUGGAUGGCGCGAUAUCACCAAGUCAGAAUGCAUGCUCAUCGGAUGUUGUUACAAUCCAGCUUCGUCAACGUGCACACAUCCGACUGAUUUGACAAAGAUCGACCCACAAAAACUCGUUGCCACUGCAACUUGGAUGCUCACUUACGAUCGAACAACUGGAGAAGACGCAACAACGACCCAGGCGCCAACUACAACUGCUGCACCAGUGGGCGGAGGACUGCCACCUAUUUUCAACAACGAUGACGGACGAUCUGGAGCAGCACCACCAGGUUGGAACCCAAGUCUCUUUGCUGGUCUAAGCGGACGACGACGAAGAGCCGCUGAGAAACGAAAUAGCAGAAAACGACGUCAGCUCGGUGCUUUCAAUCAACAGUUCGGUUCUCAGUUUGGCGGAGGACAGUUUGGUGGCCAACAAUUCGGAGGCGGACAACAAAUGAAUGUACAGCAGAUGGCUAUGCAAAUGCUCGCUCAAAGACAGCAGAACAAAAAGCAACAAGGAGGCGAGAAAGAAGGAAGGUUUGGACUCAUGCAGCCAAAUUUGUUGUCCACGAUGAUGAUGAACAAUCAACAAACAGGAGGGUCUUCAUUGUUCGGUGCCCAAGGAGGCGGUUUAUCAAGCCUUCUCGGUGGUUUGACUUCUCAGAUGGGAUCUAUGCUUGGCAACCUUGGAGGCAUGAAUAAUCAACUUUCAGCGAUGAUGGGUGUGAACUCGAAUCCAUUCCUUCAAACAGGAGGCCAGGAAACGUGUCCAGUCUUGCCCGGAAACGUCAAAUUAAGCUGUCUUCAGCCGCCUUCCGAAGAUCAAGCAAUCGACGCUAUUUUCCUGAUAAACGAGCCAAAAAGAUGCGAAGUCAAAGGAUGCUGCUGGGAUCAAUCACUCAUGAAACAACUUCUUCUUACAAGAAACUCCGAUUCUCUUGACUCUUUCAACCAGCUUGCCUGUCCUUGGAUCGUUCCCAAAUUUGGCUCGAGCUACGGCUUCCCUGACUUGACGAAAUCAAUCAAAGGAUGUUGCGACAUUUCUCCUUGUGUUCAUAAAGAACUUCCUGCAGAUUGGACACUUUGGGGCGAGUGGACACCUUGCACCAAGCUUUGCGGUGGCGGUGAGAGUUCUCGAUCUCGAACAUGCGUCGGAAAUGGAUUCUGUCCGGGAAUGGUCGACGAUCGUCAACGAGAACAGAUCGUUAGCAAGAAGUGUAACAUGAACAGCUGCGAAUCCUGGGCUAGCUGGUCUGCUUGGUCUACCUGUAGUCAAACUUGUGGACAAGGAAGUCAAGAAACUCGCAGAUCCUGCAUCGACGUUCGCGGCAUGGAGAUCCAGCCUCCUGGUGAGAGUCGAGGAUGCAAAGGAAACGGAUACAUGACAAAAGCAUGCUUCUCUUCUCCCUGUCCCCAAUGGCAGAAUUGGAUGCCAUGGAGCACUUGUUCAGUAACUUGUGGCGUGGGAGAGUCUCAAAGAAUACGUAUGUGCAACUUGCCAGGUCGAUGUGCUGGUCCAAAAACGGAGAGAAAAACAUGCGGUUCUGCUUGCUACAGUAACUGGAGUAUGUGGACGGCGUGUUCCAAAUCAUGCUACGGAGGGACGAAACUUAGAUCAAGAGAAUGUAUGUACACAGCCGAGACUGGAAAACAAUGCUCCGGCGAAUCACAACAGCAGGAAAGCUGCAAUACUGGUUUCUGCGAACAAUGGGUCCAAUGGUCGCAGUGGUCGACAUGUCAACACCCAAGUGGAGCAGAUGAAUGUGGACAAGGAUCGAAACUUCGAUCACGAGAAUGCACUGGUGCGCUUGGAGCUCCUGGAUGCCAAGGUAAUCCUUACGAAGAAGCUCCAUGCGAAACGCGACCUUGCCAGUGGUCCGAUUGGCAACAGUCCAGUGCCUGCUCUGCUACUUGUGGCGAGGGACAGGCAAGUUUCAUCCGCUCGUGUGAGAAAGAAGGGCAGUGUGAAGGCCUUGCAACAGCGACGCGAACUUGCAUCGAAGCGCAGUGCCCUGGAUGGCAGCCCUGGUCUGAGUGGGGCGAGUGCUCUGUCACCUGUGGAAGUGGUCGCAAAACAAAAACUAGAACCUGCAACGGACGGCUUCACUAUGACUGCCGGGGUUCUUUGGAGCAAGUGAUGCAGUGCAACGAAGGCCCUUGCAAUAAUGGAAUGUUUCCAAAUGCUAACUCUGGAUGGAACCAAAAUUACAACAUGUUUGGACAAUCCAAUACCGGCUAUAACAACGGCUACAAUGGCUACAACAAUCAAAAUAACGGCUGGAGCAACGCGAAUUUCUUCGGUGGGAACACUGGAGGUGAUGUGAUGGAUUCUGGGGAUAAUACUAACCCAUGGAAUCAGUUCUUCGGCCUUGGCUAA